AAGAUCCGCGAGACCAAGGCAUGUGCACCCUCGACAUCACGUUCGAGCAGAACGUCCAGCCAUCUGGCACGAAAUCCCUCGUGCCCCACCAGAAGCAGUCACAGACCCACACGGCGAACGCCGUCUGCUUUACGCUAGUGAGCGCGGACACCUGGCACAGGAGGCUUGGACAUCUCAAUGCUCGGAGCCUGGACAUCCUUCGGAAGGACACGGGUACCGGGGUGGACUAUCGCGACAGUCUCUCCCCUUGCGGGGUCUGCCAGAUCGCGAAACACAAGCAGUCCCCCCACCCGAAGCAAUCGACUCGCGAACUAUCACGGCCUGGACAGCUUGUGGUCAUCGACAACAUGGGGCCUGUUAAUCCACCUGCGAAAUAUAAAGGAGGCUCCUUCCCGUACGCGUGCAAGAUCACCGACGACUACACGAAGAUGAAAGAAGUUUACCUGCUUCGCAAGAAAUCUGACACGACCGAGGCGGUGCACACGUACAACAUGUGCGUCGCAGCGGCAGGAGGCUACCGGAUCGAGACCAUCCGCUGCGACAAGGGAGGCGAGAACACCGGAUCCGAAUUCCGGGACAACUGCAAGAAUUCAGCUAUCAAGCUCGAAUACGCCGCCACCAACACCCCUCAACAACUUGGUGUAUCGGAACGGGACGGACAAACCCUGGCCGGAGUCACCCGGUGUCUUCUGAAGGAUGGAGAUUUUCCGCCGUCCAUGUGGGGGGAGUUAAUGCUGACUGCAGCAUACCUGUUGAACAGGUCCCCACACUCAGCACUGGGAGGAGCUACGCCAUACUCGAAGUUGCACAAUAAGUCACCUGAUCUCUCGGGACUUCGGGUCAUUGGAGCGCGCGCCUUCGUACACCACGAGAGAUGCCGAAAGAAGCUGGACGACAGAGCUUUCGAAGGCAAGCUAUGUGGUUUCGGCCUCGACAGCCAGACCUACCGGGUAUUGAAUCCAUCCAACGGGGCCGGGGUCGAGAGCCGGAAUGUGACUUUCAUCGAAUCUCCACCCCGCUCAGUGCCCUUCCAGUAUUCCACUGAAGCAAACGGGUACGAGAGCGACGUGCUGAGCUUCACCUCCCUGCUGGACAGCCCCCACUCGACGAGCGACCUGGACUUCACGGCGCAGAACGAACUCCUUCGGCAAGAAGUCCGGAAGAUGCAGCAAGACAAUCUAGCUCGGGAGGAGCUUCGCCUCGAACUGGACGGGCACGAGGACGAACAUAGAAACGGGCAAGAUCUCGGCGACGGGGACGCUCCAUCGCCACAUCUCUCAUCGACGCCAGCUGGACCGUCAUCCGAGACCCACGCAUCUAGCCCCAGUCCAUCAUCGUCGAACCCGCCUGAACCGGACACUUCUGCAUCAACUGGAUCCUCCGGCAUGCGGCGCCUGCAAGUCACCAGAGCCAGCACUUGCGGAAAGCCCACCAGCGACGAUCAUAUCGACGUCAACUUGGUUCCUGCCAAUCUGGAAGUCACCAUGAACGACCGCGGUCGAGCCCAUGCUACAACGGGCCGCGUAGAGCCAUCCGGUCUUUCCUUCACUCAGCUGGCUGAGAUAGCCGAUCAAGCCCAGCUCCCAUGCCCUGGCGAUACUGAGGAUUUCGCCCACGUUGCGGAAGACCCCUUCACGGUGCCGAGUGCUCACGCCUACGUCACGACCACUCACGAACACCACGGGAUCUUGGAGGAGACGAAUUAAGCGAUCAAAAUCCCCAACACCUACGACGAAGCCAUGAGCUCUCCCCAGCGCGAAGA